AUGUGUGGAUGGAACGGUGUGCGGAGUCUCAUCGGAGCAAAUCCCCUACGAUGUGUUCGAUCUGACCAGGUGCGACCCUUGCAAACCGGCGCAACUCGAAUUCUCAAUCGGAACCUCAGCCUCCAUCCCACAACGAUAACGCUGUGCCAGCGGCAUCAACACGAGCUUGGUAUAAAGAGGGACCUGAUCAGGGAUCACAUACGCUCUCUAGAGCUGCGCAGGAGGAGGUUCUCCACGUCCCACGUGUCGAGACAUGGACAUAUCGAUCCGCCAAAGCCAGGUGAAGAGCUCAAAGUGACAUUUAUUGACAAGGAAGGGGACGAACAUACGUUCGAGGUUGCAGAGGGCGACAACCUGCUCGAUAUUGCGCAGGCCAAUGACCUGGAGAUGGAAGGCGCCUGUGGCGGUUCAUGCGCCUGUUCUACGUGUCACGUUAUAGUCGAUUCGGACGAAAUGUACGAUAAGAUCCCAGAGGCCACCGACGAUGAAAACGACAUGUUAGACCUGGCAUUCGGCCUGACGGAAACAUCGAGAUUAGGCUGCCAGGUCAAGAUGACCAAGGAACUGGACGGGUUGGUGGUGAAACUACCGCAGAUGACACGGAACAUGCAGGCUUCGGAUUUCGAGAAGCGCAGUUGA